AUGGAGGAGAGUUAUUUGGGAAACUACAUUGUCGUUUUUGACCCUCUUGAUGGAUUAUCCAACAUUGAUGAUGCUGUAUCCACUGGCUCUAUUUUCGGAAUUUACAGCCCAAAUGAUGAGUGCCUAGCAGACGUUGACGAUGUUGCCACGCUUGGCAAUGUGGAACAGAGGUGUGUUGUGAAUGUAUGUCAACCUGGAAAUAAUCUUCUUGCAGCAGGCUAUUGCAUGUACUUGAGCUCUGUGAUUUUCGUGAUCACCUUUGGAAAAGGUGUAUUUGCAUUCACGUUGGACCCCAUCUUUGAGGAAUUUGUGCUUACUCAAGAAAAAAUUCGGAUACCAAAGGCUGGAAAGAUUUAUUCUUUUAAUGAAGGCAAUUACCAGUUGUGGGAUGAUAAAUUGAAGAAGUACAUUGAUGAUCUUAAGGAUCCAGGCCCGAGUGGUAAACCUUACUCUGCUCGAUACAUUGGUAGUUUGGUUGGCGAUUUUCAUAGGACUUUGUUAUAUGGUGGGAUUUAUGGGUAUCCUAGUGACAAAGAGAGCAAAAAUGGGAAGCUGAGGCUCUUGUACGAAUAUGCACCAAUGAGCUUCAUUGUUGAACAAGCUGGCGGUAAAGGAUCGGAUGGGCAUAACAGAGUCCUUGAUAUUCAACAAACUGAGAUACAUCAGCGAGUGCCCUUGUACAUUGGAAGUACUGAAGAGGUGGAGAAAUUGGAGAAAUAUUUGGCUUAA